AGAGAGAGAGAGAGGCUGAGACAAGCUUUGUGGAUGGAGAAAAGUAAAAUUGGUGGUGGUCCGCCCGGGAAGCUUGCAAUUCAAAUAGAGAAUCCGUUUGCUUUGAAGGUGGGUCAAGUCUUCACUGGCUUUGGCAUCGGUUGUGGUAUUGGGAUCGGCGUCGGCCGCCCUUUAAACUUUGGUGCAAUACCUGCACUGCAGCAAGUUAUGAGUGCCACCAGAGGUGCAACGGAUGCUUUGUCUGGUGUCGGGGGACAUGUCAAUACAACAUUGAGAAGGUUGGGAGCAAAGAAUAUUGAAGCUGGUAUUGGAUGUGGAGUUGGUUUUGGUCAUGGUUUUGGAGUCGGCCUUGCUUUAAAGCCUGGUGUGAUUCAUCGUGUUCAAUCUUGUCUUGGACAAGCAAUGGCAAGUUUGAUGAUGAAGUUUGGAAUUGUUCCUGGCUUACAAGUUGGUCAGAAAUUCCUCCCAGGGUCCUUGCAAAGCAGCUUGAGCAUGAUAAAUGAGACCUCAAUGCAAAAUCCAAUUGGAAAUAUCAUGCAAUCAGCAUCAAAAACCCUGGAACACACUUCUCAAGGAUUAUCAAGGGAGGGAACAUUGAAUAUGGGAUCCAAAUAUGAAGCUUUUACAUCUAAAGAAGCUUCAGUGGAUACAUUCCUUGGUACUCGGUCAGAAAAAGUUGUCAGCAGUUUCUUGCAGAAUCCAAUUUUGAAAAAGGAGGAUGUUGAACUUAAUGAAUUGGCUGGACGCUUGCGAUCAGAAAACAAUGUUCUUCAAAUGGUAUUGAAACACCAACAAGUCAUUGAAGAGCUAAUGGAGGAAAAUGAAAAGCUUCGUCUAAUACUGGUGGAAGAACUGAAAGUUCCACCCAGCAAGCUCCAACUCAGCAGCUCGAAAACUAAAUUUCUCAGUCCAUGUUCUGAUUGUUUUGAAUGCCGCAGAAGACAAAGAAAACUGAAAUGAAGAUAUUUAAACCCCGUGUGGUUUGAAAUCCAUCAAAUACUAAUCAGAUUUACAGCAAAGUUAGAAUAAAGUAAAAUGGGUACAUUGUCCUAAACUCAUUCCAACAUGAGAGUAGAUUCUACUUCA